AUGAUUGUCUUCUACUUCUUACAACUCGCAGCCCUUGCGGUCGCAGUCGCUAUCAACGACCCUUCACUCAAUUACGGUCCUUUUUGCGGUACUCCUUCUCCAGUUUACGAUAACGGUACCAAAGCCACUAGUUGGGCGCAGUAUUUCGAAGAGCUCGAAAAGAUCUCUGGUCAGAAUGGUCAGGGCGCCACUGACGCCUGGAAUGCUAACCCCGGACCGAUUCCUUGGCCGCGGAACUCAGAGAACAAGGUCAUCAUCCCGUACUGCUUCACGCAGGAGUGGGAUCGCAAAAAUAUCCGCCAUAUUACCGAGAGUGGUAUGGAUAAAUGGAUCGGGUAUCUCGGUGGUACCGCAGGCAAAGACUCCGGCCACGCUAUCAGCUUCAAAGAGCGCCUAGAUAGCGAAGGAAAGCCAAUGUACUGUGCACCCGUCAAGAAGUAUCGCGAUGGCUGGAACGCAGGUAUACCCUAUGACACAGUGGCGAUCGAGUUCAUGGAUGGCGGUGGCUGGGGUGGUUCCGUUGGACUGACGCAAAACGGCAAGCCCUGGCAGAAUCUCGUCAGGCUUUCUGAUGGCUUCACGCUUGGUGGCGUCCUGCAUGAACUUGGCCACGCCAGGCGCAUGAACACAACCGCGAAGAUCGCGACACUUAUGUCAAAGUCCAAUACAAGCAACUUGCCGACUGGGAGGACGCAAUGUUGGGCUCGCGCCCGCCAGAGGGAAGGCGACCGCAUCACCGAAGAUGGCCUUUGCCUCUCCAUGUACCGCGCUCUGAAGUAUCAAUGCACCUGCGCCUCCUUCAUCAAGAACAUGGUCGAGCCUGGUUGGCCGAUCAAAGCAGAUUCCGGGUACGACCUCGAAAGCAUCAUGCACUAUCCUAGCAUGAGUGGGUACGCGAAGCCAGACUGUAACAACGAUGGCGAAGACUGUCCUGUCCAGCAUUAUAUCGAUCGGAAUCAUCAUGGGAAGGGAAUUGCAUUGUUGAAUCGUGCGACUAAGCCGAGUCAGAUGGAUAUCAUGUGGGUUAAGAGGAAUUACCCUUGGGAUGUGCAGUCCUAA